UCCAUGUGCGUGCAUCCUCGCCAUGUCUCUUAAGUGUAUUAAUCCAAACCAUUUGUACUUUGUGAUGCAUUACAACUACAGUACUGUUUGUAGUUAUGUGUAAGCCUAUGUUGGACGUAGUCAUAAAAUGAAGUUAAAGUACUAAUGAUUGUCACACACACACUAUGUGUGGUGAAAUAUGUCCUCUGCAUUUGACCCAUCCCCUUGAUCACCCCCUGGGAAGUGAAGGGAGCAGUGGGCAGCAGUGGUGCCGCGCCCGGUAAUCAUUUAUGGUGAUUUAACCCCCAAUUCCAACCCUGAAAUGCAUUAAAAAAUCAAUUUAGUACAAUCUAUGUACAUUCUGCUUAAUUUGAAUGAGCCUUUUUAGUUGUUGAUUUAAGAUAAUUUUUGAACUUUCAGCUGCCUAAUCAGUGAAAGUCCAAAUAAAAAGCAAAAUCAAAACUUUUCGCAUUGGUAGAGAUGGUGUUUAGUUGUCUGUACUGUAAUAUGCACUACUGCAUCCGUCCGCUAGAGGCUGUUUACAUGCCAGCCCUGUAACAGUGAUACCUUGAUAUGACAUGACAAAACUAAUCCCAAAAUUGAUGCUUGACAAUCAUACAAUUCCAUUUACAAUGUCAAAGAAGUAGGAAAAAGGGUAAAAAGACAGAGGAUCAAAGCAAAAGAAAAAGAUGGGGAGAGACAACAGUGUUAGAGAUAGUAUAGGGAUAGGAUUCAAGGAGGGAGGAGGGGUUUGAUAAUCCUGCUUGGAUUAAGAGAGAUAGGAAGUCCCAACAUCCCUCUCUCCCUCACUCUUCGUCCCUCCAAUCAAAUGUGGACGACAGUGGGUUAAAAAAAAAGAGAAAAGUUAGACCUCUCCAAUACAUCAAGGAACGUUGUGUUGGACUAAUGUGGAGAUGGAAGUCUAGGAGGAUGCUUGUUAGGACUGCUGAACUUUGAUAUUUUAAUGUCUGGAUUUCUUUUAUCUUAAACCAGGAUGUAAUGGAGUCUACAGACAAUCAAUGUCUCUUCUAAACAGGUUUUGGAGCUUUGCAGGCUCUUUGCAUGUCAUCAUGGACAGUGCUGUGGUCUGGAACGUCAUGCCAAGCCUCUACCGGUACUGCGGACUUAAACAAAAGUGAUGCUUGGACUUCUUAAAGAAGUGAUGGAAGUCAGCGGUGCUGGACCACGUCACAUAAAUGGGACGCGGCGAGGGAUGCUGAUGAUGCUCCCAUGGAUUAUCCUCUGCACUUCUCUGUGGAUGGUGGUGAACGGUCAGAUGAAGAUCUCCCCAGAGACUGUGCAAAAGUGGGCUGUGACCUUUGGUAAAGAGAUAGCGGCGCUCUCCACCAAAUACUCCGGAGCUAAACUGCUACAAAAAAAAUAUAAGGACGUGGAAGGUGUGCUGAAGAUUGAGGAGGUGGAUGGCGAGGAACUGGUGAAGAAGUUUGCAGAGGAGAUGGAGGAGAUGCUCGGGAGGAAGAUGAAAUCUGUCAAGAGAUUAGCAGAAGCAGCAGAGGAAGCUGAUCUUUACCACGAGUACAAUGAUACGCUGGAGUUUGAAUACUACAAUUCUAUGUUAAUUAACAUGGUAGACGAGGACGGAAAUUCGCUGCCUCUGGGAGGAGAAUUCCCCCUGGAGGCCAAUGAACACUUCAGCAAACUGCCCGUCAACACUCAGCAAAGCAACAUCCAAGUCCCUACCAACGUCUACAACAGAGAUCCAGACAUCCUCAAUGGGGCGUACAUGUCGGAGGCUCUGAAUGACGUGUUCAUAGACAACUUCCAGAAGGAUCCCACGCUUACCUGGCAGUACUUCGGCAGCUCUAGCGGCUUCUUCAGGCUCUACCCUGGGAUCCAGUGGAUUCCAGACGAAAAUGGGGUGGUCACAUUCGACUGUAGGAACAGAAACUGGUACAUCCAGGCGGCCACCUCCCCUAAAGAUGUGGUCAUUGUUGUGGAUGUGAGCGGCAGCAUGAAGGGACUCAGACUCACCAUUGCCAAACACACCAUCAACACAAUACUGGACACGCUAGGAGAGAACGAUUUUGUCAACAUCAUCGCUUAUAGUGACUACGUUCGCUACGUGGAACCGUGCUUCAAGGGAACUUUGGUACAAGCUGAUCUGGAUAACAGAGAGCAUUUCAAGCUCCUGGUUGAUGAGCUCCAUGUGAAAGGAGAGGGCAAAGUGAAGAAUGCGAUGAAAGAGUCGUUCAAGAUCCUCAAUGAGGCUGCAGCUCUCGGCCAGGGCAGCCUGUGCAACCAGGCCAUCAUGCUGAUCACAGACGGUGCCAUGGAGGACUUCCAGGACGUUUUUGAAGAGUUCAACUGGCCAGAUCGGCGGGUUCGAGUGUUCACUUAUCUGAUUGGACGAGAGAUGACAUUUGCUGAAAAUGUCAAAUGGAUCGCCUGCAAUAACAAAGGUUACUACACGCACGUCUCCACGCUGGCUGACGUGCAAGAAAACGUCAUGGAGUACCUGCACGUUCUCAGUAGACCCAUGGUCAUCAACCACGACCAUGACAUCAUUUGGACUGAGGCCUACAUGGACAGUGUGCUGUUCAACAGCCGAGCCCAGAGUUUGCUCCUGAUGACCUCGGUGGCUAUGCCGGUGUUCAGCAAAAAAAAAGAGACCCUGUCUCACGGAAUUUUACUGGGAGUUGUUGGGACGGACGUCGCACUAAGAGAACUGAUGAGAUUAGCGCCCAGAUACAAGCUGGGUGUCCACGGUUAUGCCUACCUCAUCACAAACAAUGGCUACAUCUUGUCUCAUCCUGACCUCCGGCCUCUGUACAAAGAAGGGAAGAAGCUGAAGCCUAAACCCAAUUAUAACAGCGUCGACUUGUCCGAGGUGGAAUGGGAGGACAUGGAGGAGAUGCUAAGGACAGCCAUGGUCAAAGGAGAAACUGGUACACUGUCCUUAGAUGUGAGGACUUCAGUGGAUAAAGGCAAACGAGUGAUGUUCCUAAAAAAUGAUUAUUUCUACACCAGCAUCAAUGAGACGCCUUUCAGUCUUGGCAUAGUGCUGACCAGAGACAAUGGACAGUAUAUAUUCAUUGGAAAUGUAUCUGUUGAAGAGGGUCUUCAUGAUUUACUCGCACCUGAUUUGACCAUAGCCAGUGAAUGGACCUACUGUGAGACCGACAUUGACCCGGCACAUCGUAAGCUGAGCCAGCUGCAAGCUGUGGUCAGAUACCUAACGGGCAAAGAACCAGAUCUAGAGUGUGACGUGCAGCUAUUGCAGCAAACCUUAUUCGACGCGGUGGUGACGGCGCCAAUGGAAGCUUACUGGACGGCCCUUAUGCUCAAUCCAGCUGGUAUGGAUGAGGGCAUGGAAACAGCCUUCCUGGGCACUCGUUCAGGCCUGAUGAGGUUCCAACGAUACAGUGGCAUUGAAAAGAGAGUUGGCAAGUCUUUCCUGACUUCCAUGGACAAGGAAAACAUGUUCACGCUGGAUCACUUCCCACUGUGGUAUCGCAGGGCAGCCGAGUACCCUGCUGGACAGUUUCUGUACUACAUGCCCCGACAGGAGACCAGAGACAUGUUCAGGGACUAUGAUGCUGACUAUAGUGCCACCUUGAGCGCAGAGGACACGGAACACCAAGCGGAGGAGGGAGGGGGAGUACAGGGGGAGGAGGAGGAGGGUAGUUCAGCUGGAAGGGUCGUGAUCGCCACCACUGCCAUCACUGUGUCAGUGGGCAAGAGAACAGCCAUCGCUGGAGCCAUUGGUGUUCAGAUGACUCUGGAGGUGAUGGAGUCCAAGUUUUGGGCCAUUGCAUCACAGGCAAACGAUACAGAUUGCUCGGCUGUGGAGGGAGUGUGUCCUCUUCGCUGUGACGGCUUUGAUAUGGAUUGUUACGUGAUUGACAAUAAUGGAUUUGUCCUUAUUUCUAAACAGAGAAAUGACGCGGGAAGGUUCUUUGGCGAAGUGGAUGGCUCAGUGAUGACCACACUCAUACGAAUGGGAAUGUUCAAAAGGGUGUCUCUGUUUGACUACCAGGCCAUGUGCAAGAUGAACAUUCACUCCAUCAGCGGAGCCCGGCCGCUUCUUAGCUCAUUUUAUGGAUUGACAUCCGCCCUCAAGUGGUUCCUCUCCAACUUCCUCCUCUUUCUCCUUGAGUUCAACAUCUGCGGAUUCUGGCACACGGAGCACUUUGCAGACGGCAAGCCAUCCUCUAGCACGUCGUACAUACACAAGAAAAAGGGGGACAUCCUGCAGCCGUGUGACACAGAGUACCCCAGCUUCGUCUAUGAGCCGUCGGUCAAAGAGACCAACAGUAUCAUUAAGUGUGGACGCUGCCAGAAGCUGUUUGUGGUGCAGCAGAUCCCGGAGAGCAACCUGCUGAUGCUGGUGGUCCAGGCCGACUGUGACUGCUCCAAACAGCACCCGCCCAUCACCAUGGAGCCCAAAGAAGUCAAAUAUAUCUCCUCAGUCAAAUGUGAGCGGAUGCGAUCCCAGAAGAUCCGCCGCCGGCCCGAGUCCUGCCAUGCUUACCACCCUCAGGAGAACGCAAACGACUGUGGAGGAGCGUCAGCAGCGUCCCUUUCUGCCUUGCUGGUCAUACUUUGUCCCCCAGUCGCCAUGUUCCUCUUGCCGUGGUGACCCAUCCUGUUGCCGGACACCACAAGUGGAUUUAUUUUGUAUGUCUCAGGGUGCGUUCACACUGGUCGUGUUUGCUUGUGUUAAAAGGAAGUCCGGUGGUUGGGUUUGUCUCACUUGUACUCAAAUGUAAACCACCAAAGACUCAAUCAGUGUUAAGUGACAGCAAAAAGCAGAGAUGGUAAAUAUGUAAGAACGUGUUGGAAGUGCACCGAAAUGCGCUCAGAACCACAAAUCUGAAUGCAUUUUUGACAUUGUUUUGGUUAACUCCAGUAAAAUUGGCUGCUGUUGCCAUGGUCACCACUCCAUUAGUUACUUUCCUUGCAUGUCAAAGUGGAAACAAAGGAGAAGCAGGUGGCUGCUGUAACUCACAGUGAUGAAUUAUGAAUCACAUGACCGAAUGUAAUGACUUUCUGAUGUACCUUUACCCCACUUAGCGUUGCAUAUGGCCAACCUAUUCUAAAUACAGUAUAUGUGCAUCGCAAUACUUGUAAUAGUCUUGGAAAGUUAUUUGAGGUCAGUAGUUCAAUUAAGAUUACUAGACCAAGUAAACUAAUUAUCCUAGUCUAGGACAGGGGUCAGCAACCUUUACCACUCAAACAGCCAUUUUGACCCAUUUCACAAAAUAAAGACAACAAUGGGAGCCACAAAACUCUUUGGAAAUUUAAAAUGAAAUAACACAGCGUACAAAGUUUGUUAGUGCGGCCCGCAAGUUUUAUUUGAAUGCCGCUUGUCAACAUCAAAUUUGCCAAUCAUCCCAAUUUUUCCGGGAGGCUACCGAACUUCAUCAAUAUUAAGGAGGUGCUAUAUUGAAAAUGCGUAUAGCGUGCUCUACAUCCGUAUCAAACGGAUUGCCAGCCCAUUCGCAUGUUGUAUGUGACUUCUGCAGACACACG